AUGUGUGGUAUAUGUUGUAUUCUUUCACUACGCUCCCAGCAGAUACCGUCUGAUGUGGUGUUGUGUGCGAAGGGUGUGAUUGAACGUGUGAUGCUCUCUUCGGCUGUGCGGCGGCGUGGCCCAGACUACUGUGAAUCACUACAGUUUGAUACUCAUAAUGAUGGUAUACAUGUGGAAGCCAUGAGUUCUGUUCUUUGCUUGCGGGGCAAAGGAAAGAAUGGGAUAGUUCCACAGCCAGCAGUGGUUACAUCUAUUAAAAAUGAUAAAGUUGUCAGUUCCUGUGAUAGUACUUUAUCAUCAUCGUUUCUGCAGUGGAAUGGUGAAGUAUUUGGUGGUUCACUACCGUUACCUCCUGAUGCAUCUGAUACAGUCACAAUUCUUAAAUCUCUUAAUGAGUUAGAGCUCAAAUGUGCAGCGGGUAUUGAGAAGAAUAUCAUAAAUACUGAUAAAAAAGAUUAUACCACUGAUUUGUCUCUGGCACAGGCAUCAUUUGCUGAAUCUUGUGUACAUUUCUUCGAGAAAAUGGUGGAGGGUCCUUACGCUUUUGUUUAUUAUGCAAACUCUCUGCAAAUGUUUUUAUAUGGACGAGACCCACUAGGACGACGAUCGCUUCUUACACAUAUGGCUGCAAUAACAUCCGAAAGAGUGGAUGACAGGCUUGAAGAAGAAGAAGAAGAAGAACAUAUGGUGGAGUUUGUGAUCUCUUCAGUUGCUGCAGAUCACUUAUUUGGGGAUUCUGAAAAGGAUGAAUCUACUGCGAAGGGUAAAAAGCGUGGUAGACAUGAAUGUCAAGGUUGUGAUAAGUCCUCUGACACGGCAGAUGACCUUGCUGAUGGUGAGCGUCAUGAUAAUGAUAAUGAUAAUGAUAAUGGAAAUAAUACUAAUAGUAAUAAUAAUAAUAAUAAUAAUAAUACUAAUAAUAAUAAUAAUAAUAAUAAUAAUAAUAAUAAUAAUAAUAAUAAUAAUAAUAAACUGAAUACGGAUAAUAAUAAAUGUAAUACAACCCCUGCUGUAGACUCCAGUAGUGGUUGUUGGCAGGAAGUACCCAUCACGGGCCUUUUUGCACUUAGCGUAGUGCCUUCCUCAAGUACAACUUUUCUUUCUCACUAUCCAUGGAAAAUGUCACAAGACAUACAUCCAUUGCUGCGAUUUCAAUUUCGAGGAGAAUUAGUUCCAGUAAUGAAUGAAGAUCCUCCUGAGAUGAUUAAACGUUUACUUUAUGAAAGCGAUGUUAUUCCUCAUCCAUUAAUACAUCAAUCCUCUAGUUUUGAUAAGUUAGCUGCAAUGAAAUACCUUCAGGCACUUUGGAAAGCUGUGUCCGUGCGUGUGAAAGCAGAUCAUUGUGGUGGGGAUAUCACCAAACCAGUAGGUAUAUUAUUCUCUGGUGGAAUUGAUUGCACUGUUCUUGCCGCAAUAGCACAUUAUGUGCUUCCUGUUUCUACACCCAUUGAACUUAUUAAUGUGGCUUUUGGAGAUUCCCCUGAAUUAACACCGGACAGAAUGGCUACUUUUAGAGCUCUUAAUCAGCUUCUUCAACUCCCAUCUCUACAAAAAGAGGAGAAGGAUAAAGAUGAUGAAAAAGAAAAUAAUGGAAAUGUAUCUCAUUAUGAAAGGGAAUGGCGUUUAGUAUUGGUAGAUGUACCUCAUCACACAGAUAUAUCUCAUGUGCGACGCCUAAUAUUCCCGGGAGAUGCUGUCAUUGAUUUAAGUAUUGGCACUGCACUUUGGUAUGCUUCUCAAGGACAUGGUCGUAUGCAACGUAUAUGUGCAAAUCAGAAGUUAAGAAGUGAACUACGUGCGAAAGCAUCUUCAUCAGGUCGACACAAACUCUACCGUAUCUCUACAGAUAAAACAGAAUCAUCCAAGACGGAUAUGGAUUUAUCAUCCAUAGAUAAUACUUCAGAAGAUGUUUCUAAAUUUAUUCCUCUACUUGAUGCUAUCAUUGAGGAGGUAGAGGCAUUUGCUAGUGAACCGAAUACACCUAUACUCUUAUCCACACUUGGGAAAGAUCAUGCAGCCGCACUGCGACCUGUACUAGCACAGCAUGGAUACAAAAAAUUGGGGCAAUAUUUAAAUGAUGCAUCUGCUGCUGGUUUAAUUGCUUUUGCCAGACGUGAUGAGGCACCAUCGAAAGCUGUGCGUCUCGUACGGCCUGUAGAUAUGGAUAAGGUACGGUGUGCGGCACCCACAAAGUGGUUUCAUGUGGAUGGUGAAACAUCUCCGUUUGGAUUGUGUGUGGAUGACUACGUCUGUGAGUCUCGUGUGUUGUUGCUUGGAAUGGGGGCGGAUGAGACACUCGGUGGGUAUACACGUCAUCGUCGUGCCUUUGAGCGACGCGGUGCGCAUGGACUCGCAAAGGAGAUUGAUUGUGAUUUUGCGCGAUUGUGGAAACGUAAUUUAGGCCGUGAUGACCGUGUGGUCUGUGAUAGUGGAAGAGAGGGCCGCUACCCAUAUCUUGAUGAGGGCGUACUGAACUCGCUUGAGAUGAUUGCCGCAGAGGCUUACCAGCGUGCUAUUGUGAAUAAUAAUACUCCUACUACUAAUACUACUACUACUAAUACUAAUACUACUACUACUAAUACUAAUACUCCUAUUAAUAGUAUUAAUAAUACUACGACGAGGAGUCCAAGGAUGACAAGAAUAGAUGAGGCGGAUGCCCAUGCACUGCAACAGGCGAUGGAACCUGUCUGCUGUUUCACUGCAGAAGGUGGACAACCUGGUGUGGGAGAUAAGAAAAUACUGCGGUAUUGUGCUGCGAUGUUGGGACUGGGAGAUGUUGUGCGUUUACAGAAGCGUGCAAUUCAAUUUGGUUCCCGUGUUGCGCAUCCGCCAUCUUGA